AUGGGGCUGCUCUCGGACCCCCAGUGCCGGCGGGCGCUGGGCCGGCUGCUGCUGCAGCUCAGCACCCCCCUCUGCGUGCUGUGUUACCUGUCGGGGCUCACCUGGCUGCUGGCGCUGCCGCUGCUGGCGCCCCGCGCUCACCUGUCCGAGAACGCCAUGGGCUCCACCAUGGUGGGGGAGGGGUCGGAGCUCGGGCCCCGCGCGCUGGCGCUGGCGCGGGAGUUCGGGGAGCAGCGCCGGAAGGAGGGGUCUCUCCCGGUCUCGUGGCUCACCCGCUCCAUGUUCCAGCUGGGGCUCGAGGUCCAUUCCCAGCGCUUCGCUCGGACCCUGCCCUUCCCCGACGAGACUCACGAGCGCUACCUGGUCCGGGGCACCAACGUGUUCGGGGUGCUGCGCGCCCCCCGCGCCCCCAGCACGGAGUCGCUGCUGCUGCUGGUGCCGUGCGACGGGAACAGCGAGAGCAACAACCAGGCGGUGGGACUGCUGCUGGCGCUGGCGGGCUACUGCCGAGGUCAGAUUUACUGGGCCAAGGAUCUGAUCUUCCUGGUGACGGAGCACGACCUGCUGGGGACACAGGCCUGGCUGGAGGGGUACCACGGGGAGAACCUUACUGGGAUGGUGUCGGAGCCGUUCCCAGCCCGGGCUGGCUCCAUCCAGGCCGCCCUGGCCCUGGAGCUCAGCCAGGACGUCCUGACCAGCCUGGACGUGGCCGUGGAGGGUCUGGACGGGCGCCUGCCCAACCUGGACCUGCUGACGCUGCUGCAGCAGCUGUGCCUGCGCCACGGGCUGCUCUGCACCUUCCAGGGCAAGGUACCAUCAACUGGCUGCCCCCCCCCUGAGGGCCCCCCCAGCCUUGCCUACGCCCAGAGCCUGCAGACCCUGGGGCUGAUGCUGCUGGGGCAGGCGGGGGGCGGCCCCGGGGGUCCCCACGGGCUGUUCCUGCGCUUCGGCAUCGAGGGGCUGACCCUGCGGGGCAUCAACAGCUUCAGGCAGCACAAGAGCGACCUGGGGGCGCUGGGAAGGACCCUGGAGGGAAUGUUCCGGAAGCUGAACAACCUCCUGGAGCGUUUGCACCAAUCCUAUUUCCUGUACCUGCUGCCCUCCCUGUCCCGCUUCGUGUCCAUCGGAUACUACAUGCCAGCCCUGGGGCUGCUGCUGGCCGUGCUGGGGCUCAAAGCCCUGGAGCUGUGGAUGCGGCUGAGCCGGAGCGAGGAGGGGGAGGGGCAGCCCCCGGCGGGGGAGGUGAGGGGGCACCCCCAGGCCCGGGGGGGUCUCCUGUACCUGCUGCCCCCCGUGCUGGUGUCGGGGGGCGCGGGGGCCGCCCUGUACCUGCUGCCCGUGCGGGGCCAGGCCGUGGCCACCCAGCACUUCCCGGUGGGCGAGGCCGAGGCCGUGGUGCUGGCGCUGAUCGGGAUCUACGUGGCGGGGAUGGCGCUGCCCCACAGCACACACAGGGCUCUGUCAGGCGGGGGCCAGCGGGGCUGGAUGACCCUCAAGCUGCUGGCCCUGCUGGCCCUGGCGCUGCUCCUCACCUGCCUGGCCCUGCUCAACUUCUCCCUGGGCUUCCUGCUGGGAGCCACCCUGGUGCCACCUGCGGCUGCCGUGAGACCGGGGGGCAACAGGCUGCCCCUGGCCCUGCUGCUGAUCCUCACCACGCCGGGGCUGUCGCUGUUCCUGGCCGUGCUGCUGCAGCAGGAGCUGCUGGAGGCGCCGGCCGGGCUGGCCGAGGGCUGGCAGCGCUUCCUGGGGGCGCUGGGCCAGGGGCUGCUGCAGGAGCACCUGCACGGGGCCCACCUGAGCCCCCUGCUGUGCCUGGGCGCCUACCCCUGCUGGCUGCUGCUCUGGAACGUGCUCUUCUGGAAAUGACAGAGGGACAGACGGA